GGUGAAAGUCACGGUACUUCCACAGCGAGAAGACUUAACAAAUCAUCAGAGACGAACAUCCGAUUUAAGCACGAAGAGAGGAAACACGCAAAUCAGAGAGAAACUUGAGGUAAAAUAUCAACGAUGUCUGACGGAGCAAAGAUGCCGUGUAGCCUGCUCCUGCUCCUGGUGGUGGGUCAGAGUUGGUUCAUCACAGGUCAGCUUUAUGAGUAUCACUAUAUUGAACAGAGUAAGAGCUGGUCUGCAGCUCAGAAAUACUGCAGAGACAAGUACACUGAUCUGGCCACCAUCUCCAACAUGACAGACUUGGACAGACUCAAGGAAUCAGCAAAGAACCGUCAAGAAUCUGCCUGGAUUGGUCUGCACAGCCUAAAUAAUGCUAACCCCACCUGGCACUGGUCUCUGCCUGGUCUGGAGUUCAAUGAAAGUGAGACAAACUGGAACAAAAAUGAACCAAACAACGUAGGAGGGAACGAGAAUUGUGGGGGGAUAAGGAAAGACCUGGAGUGGUUAGAUUUAUCCUGUAAUGAGAAGAGGUAUUUCGUCUGCUACGAUGAAGGAAAAACAGAGAGAUUCAUUUUCUUUCAUCAACAAAGGACCUGGUCAGAGGCUCAGAGCUACUGCAGAAAGAAACACACAGACCUGGCCAGUGGACCGGAACAGUUAAAUGACACAAAGCUGCAAGAUCAGCUACGGGAUAAAAACGAUGUGUUCAUUGGUCUGUUCAGAGACACCUGGAGCUGGUCGGAUGGGAGCAGUUUCUCUUUCAGACGCUGGAAUAAUCUGGCCGACAUUACGAUGAGAGAGGACAGAUGUGCCGUGAUGAAGGAGGACGGGGAGUGGGAAACUGACAAUUGCAAUGAAAACAAACCCUUUUUCUGUUACGAUGAUAAGGUGAUCCUGGUGCAAGAAAAUCUGACCUGGGAGGAUGCCUUGUACUACUGUAGAGAAAACCACCGUGACCUGGUCUCCAUCACCGACCUCAAUGACCAGAGAUGGGUCCAAGAGAGAGUCAAGAACGCCACCACUGAAUUUGUUUGGACGGGGCUGCGCUACACCUGCACUCUGGAUUUCUGGUUCUGGGUCGGUGGUGAGGUGGUCACGUACCACAACGUGGACUCGGGUGAGAAGGGGGACCACUGUGACAUGUCUGGAGCCAUGCAAAGAGCUGGAAAACACAAGUGGUUCAAAAUAAAUGACAUGCAGGAGUUUAACUUCCUCUGUUCUGAGUGGUAAACCCACUGUGAACACUGCUGACAUUCAUUUAUUAGUUCUGAUCUUAGGAUUUAUUUAAGAUAAAAUAAGAUAUUCCCUUAUUAGUCCCACAGCAGGGAAAUUUGCAUUUAUGUGUUCCUGAAAUGAUUUUAGACAUGUAUAAUAAUUGUAACCUAAAGUAGAAGGAGAUAAAGUUUAUUAAAUAAUAGAUGACGGCUAUAAUAUUUUUUGUAGAGAGGUUGAAGUCACAUUUUCUGUGUUUUCAACUUGUGUCAUCUUAAACUAGGACAUGUAUGUUGAAAUAGGUUAAUCUAUUCUGAUCACUGCUGGCAUUCAUUGAUUAGUUCUGUCUUUGGGUUUCUUUUUUGAUCUCUAGAAAUGAGAAAGUUUGGAAAGAGAAACAUGUACUUAGAUAACAGCUGAUGCAGGAUAUGAAUUUCUAGAGAUGUUGAGGUUGCAUGUUCUGUGUAGUUUUGUUUUACAGGUGUCCUAUUAAACCACAGAAUUGCUAUGUCUCAAGUUUUCUUUGUUAUUGAUCUGGUGAUGGUUAUGCUUGUAUAAAAUCAUCCAUUUUGGGAUUGCUGUUUUUGAUUUUUGGUGACAACAAUAACCUGCUCUCUCUUAAAUAAAUACUCACAAUCACUGAAA